AUGGGCUUUGAUACUCAAAGAUUUCUCAACGCUAUCGAUGAAGAAUUAAUUUGCUCUAUUUGUGGUGGUGUUCUACAAGAUCCUCUUCAAAUACCAUCAUGUGAACAUGUUUUUUGUCGAACUUGUAUUGAAGAAUGGCUUUCACAAACACAAACAUGUCCCAUCGAUCGAACACCAAUAGAAAUCAAUCAAUUAAAGCUCGUGCCACGAAUUAUUAAAAAUUUACUGAAUCAUUUGGAAAUUAAAUGUGAAAAUGAAGGUUGUACAACAACAGUCAAAUUAGAUGUUCUUGCAAAUCAUUUAGUUGAUUGUGAAUAUAAUAAAGAACAAUCAAUUCAAUGCGAAAAUGGUUGUGGAAUGAUAAUUUCAAAUGGUAACCAUCGAAAUCAUAAUUGUGUUCAAGCAUUAAAUAGUGAACUUAAUAGUGUUAAACAUGAAUUAGAAAAAUAUAGACAUGAUGUUGAAUUUUAUAAAACUGAAAUAUCUACACUUCAGGAAUUUAUUCGUGUUAGUCGCGCUAAUUCAACAGUAUCAGAUUCAUUUGAAGAUGGAGAACAUGAUGCAACAUUACGUUGGUCUACUAAUUUACAAUUAGCUCGUAUAACUUAUUGGGGUGGAAUGAUAUCAACUCCAAAUAUUAUUUUACAAAAUACUAUAAAAGAUGCAUUACUUGAAAGUGGUUGUCCAAUUAAUAUAAUAGAUGACCUUAUGAAAAAUGCACAUGAACAAUAUUGGCCGCAAGGACUUUCAACACUUGAAACUCGACAAUUGAAUAGACAACAUUAUGAAAGUUAUGUAUGUCGACGUAUUAGUAAUGAACAAGCAAUUGUCGUACUUAGUUGUGAUAAUCGACAUAUGAAUCAAUCAAUGAUUAGUGAACCAGGUAUUGUGAUAAUAUUCUCACAUGGUGUUAAAUGA